CCGGCUGGAUUUGGGGGAGGCCUCAAGGUCACCAUCCAGAGCAGAGAAAGCCCUCCAUUUCGGGGAGGGAACUGGGGGGCAUCCCCACGCUUCACCCGAAAGAUCCCACGCCCUUUCAGCUCCGAACGGGAUCCUGACGCUAAACCUGCAGCGGGGUUUUUGAGCCACCCCUGGCUUGAAAGCGGCUCCGACCCAAUCGACUUUUGAACGUCUUCCCUUGGCCGCUCACCUGACGAGACCCACAGCCAAGAUUGCAAGUGAGCCCCGCAUGCUCCUCGGCCCGUUUUGGGCAUCGAGCAGGAAGCGGUUUGGCCCCUUGCUCAAAGCAAAGGCCCGGAACUGAGCUCCGUGGCUGGCAGGUGUUUAGGGAACCCAAUGUCCCCAGGAGACAGACAGAGCAAGAGCCCUCGCUAGAACCGCCGCAGACACGCCCCGGGUGUGCUAAAAGCAAGGGGCUGAUUCCAGCCGGGCCCCCUUGGCACGGAGCAGGUAAAUGCGGACUCCCAGGUUCUGAACCAUGCUGGAUCCAAGACAGUGUUCAGCGAGCCCAACCCCUUCACCGAGAUAGCCAUGAACAGCUGCAAGUACAAUGGAGGCGUGGUCCGACCCCUGAGCAGCCUAAGCGCCUCCCAGCGCAACCUCCAUGAACUGGCGGCCGAGACCCAGCCCCUGCAGACCCUCCACAGCUCGGGCCUGGAGGUGGUGGUCUCCAAAACCGAGCAGGCCAAGGAUACAAGCUUGCAGGCGGACGAGGAGUCGGCGGCGCGCUCCCGGAACCAGAAGAAGAACCAGAACAUUGGGUACCGGCUGGGCCACCGGCGGGCCCUCUUCGAGAAGCGCAAACGCCUGAGCGACUACGCCUUGAUCUUCGGGAUGUUCGGCAUCGUGGUCAUGGUGACGGAGACGGAGCUCUCCUGGGGAGUCUACACCAAGGAGUCUUCAUAUUCAUUUGCACUGAAAUGCCUUAUCAGCCUUUCAACCAUGAUACUUCUGGGCCUCAUCAUCAUGUACCAUGCCAGAGAAAUCCAGCUCUUCAUGGUGGACAACGGGGCAGACGACUGGAGAAUAGCCAUGACCUACAAGCGGAUCUUUUUCAUCAGCCUGGAGCUGAUUGUGUGCGCCAUCCACCCCAUUCCGGGCCAGUAUCUCUUCACCUGGACAGCCCGGCUGGCCUUCACUUACACCACCUCGGUGGCCGACGCCGAUGUGGACAUCAUCCUCUCCAUCCCCAUGUUCCUGCGGCUCUACCUGAUCGGGCGCGUCAUGCUGCUCCAUAGCAAGCUCUUCACCGACGCCUCCUCCCGCAGCAUCGGCGCCCUCAACAAGAUCAACUUCAACACCCGCUUCAUCAUGAAGACCCUCAUGACCAUCUGCCCCGGCACCGUGCUGCUGGUCUUCAGCAUCUCCUCCUGGAUCAUUGCCGCCUGGACGGUCCGCGUGUGCGAGAGGUACCACGACAAACAGGAAGUGACCAGCAAUUUCCUGGGAGCGAUGUGGUUAAUUUCAAUCACGUUUCUCUCCAUUGGCUACGGCGACAUGGUGCCGCACACCUAUUGCGGGAAGGGAGUGUGCCUGCUCACUGGAAUCAUGGGCGCUGGGUGUACGGCCCUGGUUGUCGCUGUGGUAGCCCGGAAGCUGGAACUCACGAAAGCUGAAAAACACGUGCACAAUUUUAUGAUGGACACACAGUUAACAAAGCGGGUGAAAAACGCUGCUGCCAACGUACUCAGGGAAACGUGGCUCAUCUAUAAACACACCAAGCUGGUGAAGAAGAUUGACCAUGCCAAAGUUCGGAAACACCAGCGUAAGUUCCUCCAAGCCAUCCAUCAAUUGAGGAGUGUGAAAAUGGAGCAACGGAAACUGAAUGACCAGGCAAACACCCUGGUGGAUUUGGCAAAGACCCAGAACGUCAUGUACGACAUGAUCUCCGAGCUCCAAGAGCGCAACGAGGACCUGGAGAAACGCAUCAACACGCUGGAGAGCAAGAUCGACGCACUGGGCCUCAGCCUGCACGCCCUGCCGGGACUCAUCAGCCAAGCCAUAAGCCAGCAGCAGCGAGAGCUGGCCAAGCGCUGCGCCCCCAGGUUCUGCCCCAUCUCCAACAGCUCGGAGAGGUCCUCGUGGACGCCGACGCGCCGGCGGACGUCUCCUUCCACCGCUCCCCACACCUCGUCGGACAGCGGGUGACACCAGGGGGCGGGCCCGGCACUCGGGCCUGUUUAUGUCUGGCCAUUGUGUGGCUGAUCUUGUUUGCUUUGUUCUGUAAAGCCCUGUACAGUUAAACUCCUGGAGUUCAUCGUGCUGGAGUGAAGCUAGAGCUGCCGUAUGGGCCUAGACUGGAGUUAGGGCUGCCUUUAUCUUGGGGAGGAGGGGGCAGGGAAUCCAAAGCGGCACCCGGUGCCCCAGUGCUCAUGGCAAGGGGACCCGGCCGCACAUGGAACUGGCACAGGUUGGGUGGAGGCAGGGCACUGCUCUAGGUCGUCCUGACAAGGAGCCAUACAGAAGGGGCGUGGUUUAGUGGUUAGGGCACAGGGCUGGGAGGCCGGACUCCUGGGUUCUUUAGGGGGCUUUGGGAAGUGGGAGAGGGUUUGAGUGGUGGCAAGAAGGGGAUCUGGGAACCAGAACACCUGGGUUCUGUUGGGAGCCAGGAAUCGGGGGUCUAGUUCUGGCUCUGGGAAAGCAGGGGAGAUCUAAUGCUUAGAGCUGGAGGGGCAGGGAGCCAGGACUCCCAGCUUCUCUCCCCGGGUCUAGGAAGGGGGGUGCUGUCUCACGGUUAGAGCAGGGCAGGGACUAGGAAUCAGGACUUUGGGGUUCUAUGCCUGGCUCUCCCACUAGGUGACCUCAGCUUAGUCACUUCACCACUCUGUGCCUCAGUUUCCCCAUCUGUAAAAUGGGGGAUAAUAAUACUGACCAUUGUAAAGCGCUGUGAGAUUCUUGGCUGCAAUAUUAAGCCAAUACAGACUGUGAACAGGGCAGGCGCAGCCGAUCCCGCCCAGCCUGAAGAGCUUCUGAUGAUGAUGGCUCCUGACCACAGCACCACACGGCAGCCGGGACCUGGGAUGGGUCUGAAUCCGGCUGCGGAUUGCGGAAGGAACUCUGUGUAGCGAACGCUGGGUGGCAGGUGGGGGCAGAGCAAUGCCCCACAUUCCAGGGAGGGGGGAAGUGAGCAGAGUGGGGAUUUAACUCAGAGUUACCUGCCCCAUGAGCCUGCCCUCAGAGCGCUGCCCUGGGGAGGGAUGGCUGGGCACAGGGGGCUGGUCCCCCCGCUUGAAUGAUGUUAAAAGCUAAACAUUAUAUGAACUACACCCCUGGCAUCAAUCUUCUGGGUGAGCCACUGAGGUUUUCUGUCAUCACAAAUGGCAAGGGAGUGGGUGCCGG